AUGGAACAUCAGACGCGUGGAUUACGAAAGGCAUUGGGCCCAAACGCCGACUUCUUCUAUUUCAACGGACCAUUUGAAGCGCGUGGACAAUCCGACGAGGCUAUUGAGCGCGCAUUUGGUAGCACCGCGCCGUUUUAUGAGUGGUGGAAUACGCGUAGUUUAGAAAAUUUUGAGCUCGACGACAUUCAGGGGGAAGGCUUUCGAGAAGGCACUACUUCGCAUUGGCGUUACGAGUAUGAAGACAUUACUCAAGCUAUUGAAUACGUAAAUCACAAACUGAACGAGCUUGGCGAGUUUGAUAUGGCUGUUGGUUUUUCACAGGGAUCCACAAUGUUGACGAUCUUGUCCAUGUGGUACCACAAGCAUAGUACUAAUCGAUGGUGGAAACUUCUACUCAAUGUUUGUGGUGUGUACCCAGGUGGUGUCAACGUAAGAGAACUUUUCGAAACGCAAGAGGGACAUCCGAUCAUGGUACCGCUACCAUCUAUUCAUGUCGUAGGACAAAAAGAUUGUCUGUAUAAAGACUCAUUGCUGUUGAAAGAUAUGUUUAUCGAACAUCCCAAGGGUAGUUCGAUCACGAGACUUCUUCUUGAGCACGAUGGCGGACAUAAAUUUCCAACCUACAGUCGACACAAAGACUUGUACGCGAACUUGGCAAAAGCAAUUUGGCAGUUUUUCGAUGAUACUUGUCAAAGCAAUUUUGCAAGGCUUUAA